UUCCGGUGUUUGUUAUGCCUGUCACCAUUGUAGAAAGGCUCCGUGUUGCGUCACCACGUAUGUGAAGCGGACUGUCAUUACUGAAACGGGCCGCGCGGGGGCACUGUGACAUCACAUCCGGUUGUGACGCAGACAGAGUGGACGGCCUCCAUGAUGGCUGCUCAGGUGUGUUUCCAUGGCAAUCGCUUGGUUCUUCGGCAACUUGGGAAGCAGGUGUGCUGCUUUACUUCCAGCAUCUCGGUCAGACAUAAUCAAUCUCGGAGCGAGCCGGAACCUCACACACAGGAACACACACACCCUUUUAUUCCAUUCUCCCGUUCUGCCAUCGGAACGUUCUUUCAGGAUAAGCCUCUGCUCAGGAACCCAUUUACACAGGAUACACUGCUCAGAGGAUACCUGCGCAGACACCUACCUCUGCAGGAAGUGCAGCUGGAUCUGUCUAAAUUCGGUGAGCGUGUUGUGCAUGAAAUUGAUGAUCUGGGGCGUCAGUGUGAGGAGAAUCCUCCCCGGCUGCAGCUGUAUGAUGCCUGGGGUCACCGUGUCGACCGCAUCAUCACCUGCGAUGCCUGGACACGCUUGAAACACAUCUCUGCACAGGAAGGGCUUGUUGCUGCUGGAUACGAGCGACAGUUUGGCGAGUGGAGUCGUGUGUAUCAGAUGAGUAAGUUGUAUCUGUAUUCACCUUCUGCUGGCCUCUACACCUGCCCUCUGGCCAUGACUGAUGGAGCCGCCAAAGUCAUAGAGUCUCUGGGCAUGCCUUUUAGGGAGGUGUUUGAGCAUCUGACCACGCGAGAUGAAAAAAGAUUUUGGACAUCAGGACAGUGGAUGACUGAAAGAAAGGGGGGAUCGGAUGUUGCAAAUGGGACAGAGACAGUUGCCGAGCGACAAGAAGACGGGUCGUACCUGCUACAUGGCUUUAAGUGGUUCACUUCCGCAACUGAUGCUGACGUCACGCUGACACUCGCUCGCAUCGCAGAUUGCCAUGGCAACACCAUACCGGGCAGUGUGGGAGUUUCACUGUUCUGUGCUGAAGUGUGGGACUCUGAAGGCCGGACUAAUGGAGUGGAGAUCCAGAGACUGAAGGAUAAACUCGGCACACGACAGAUGCCCACUGCAGAACUGCUGCUGGAUGGCAUGAGGGCAAGACUGUUAUCUGUAGAGGGAAGGGGCGUGGCCUCUAUCGCCAACAUGCUGACUCUGACUCGCAUCCACAACACAGUGUCUGCUGUCGCUGCCAUGAGGAGAAUAACCCAGCUAGGCAGAGAGUACUCCACCAAGCGGAAAGUGUUUGGAAAACUGCUGAAGGACCAUCCACUGCAUGUACAGACGCUCAGCAGACUGGAGAUAGAGACUCGGGCUGCAUUCCUGUUGAUGAUGGAAGUUUGUCAACUUUUGGGACGAGAAGAAACCGGAUCAGCAACAGAGCGAGACACACACCUACUGAGAUUACUUACACCUGUAGCUAAACUAUACACUGGCAAACAGGCAGUAGCUGUGGUGUCUGAAGGAUUGGAGUGUUUUGGAGGUCAAGGUUAUAUUGAGGACACAGGUCUGCCUGCCCUGCUACGUGAUGCACAGGUAUUGAGUAUAUGGGAAGGCACCACAAAUGUUCUCUCACUGGAUGUUCUGCGCUCAAUUUCUAAAUCCUCUGGCCAUGUACUGCAGGCCUACUUCUCUGAUGUGGAGGAGCGAUUGCGUGUUGCUGGUCCCACCCUGCUUCCUGCAGUACAGAGUCUCAGCUCGUCUCUCUCUGGUUUAGCUCAGUUCAUCCAAACUGCAGAGUCUCGUCCACCAGAAAGCCUUCAGCUUGCAGCAAGAGACCUAGCAUAUAGCAUCGCACGCAUUUACAUGGGAGCUUUAUUAGUGGACCAUGCCUCAUGGGAAGGAGCUUCAUGUCCAGAUGUCUAUGCCGCCCUGAGGUGGUGUGAGCGUGAUUUGUGUCCUGUAGUGAGCAGGGAGAUUCGAGGGCAUUACAGCACCGAUGCUGCACUGACUGACUCUCAGCUUGUUUACCAAGGACUGGAGGAGCAGAACCCCUGAUCUCUCUCUCACACACACACACACACACACACACACACACAGUGAUUACAAUGAGAUGUGAUUAUGAUGAGUCACAGUUUCAUGUUUAUAUAUAUAUAUAUAUAUAUAUAUAUGUAUGUAUAUAUGUAUGUAUGUAUAUAUACGUGUAUAUAUAUAUAUAUAUAUAUAUAUAUGCACUAUUACUGUAAUUCAUAAGAGAAAUGUGUUGAUUUAUUCUGAUUAUUUUUUCACACUUAGUCACAAUUUUAUAUCAUAAUUCUACAAAAAACAUCCCAUAAUUCUGUAGAGGAAGAAUAUGAAUAAAGUAUAUUAAUAAAUAGUAGAAUAGAGUUGA